UCGUCCAUGGAAGUGUAGAGGUAGGCGCGUGGAACAGGAGCCUCCGUGGUACGGAUACGGAGCGAGUAGUCGCGAUAUAAAACUCGUGAGACACGCUCGUGAACAACGAAUAGUACCGUGACUGUUCGAACGGUAACAAAGUCGCUUGUCACGCGCGUGCAAAAACUUGUGCGUUUUCGAGGCACAGAGAAGAGAACCGGAUUCCUUGUGACGAUUCCUCGAAUCGUCUCGAUUUCUCGACGGGAAGGUGUACCGAAAACGCGUCAAACACGAAGCUUCCAGAAGGCCGUGGUUCGGGGUGUAACAACGAAGGCAGGGCAAUGAAAACGUCGACAUUAUCCUCUAGUGACAUGAUUAAACAGGAGAUCAGAGAUGUCUGCAAAGACCUCAUCUUGUCCGACGACACUCUCCGCACGGUCAUGCAAAAGCUGGAUGACGAGAUGAACAAAGGUCUGAGCAAAGCGACCCACGACCAAGCGAUUGUCAAAUGUUUUCCCACUUACGUGCAAGACCUUCCUAAUGGCACAGAGAAGGGCAACUUCCUGGCCUUGGAUCUGGGCGGAACGAAUUUUAGGGUGUUGCUGAUCACCCUGGACGGUCAAAAUUUCGAUAUGAAGAGCAAAAUCUACGCGAUACCGCAGAGUCUGAUGUUGGGGACCGGUACACAACUGUUCGAUCACAUAGCCCAGUGUCUGUCGCUGUUCGUUAAAGAUCUGAACCUUCAGGAUCACGUUCUGCCACUCGGAUUCACCUUCAGUUUUCCACUGUCGCAACGCGGGUUGACGGAAGGCUACCUCGUUAGAUGGACGAAGGGUUUUAAUUGCAGCGGAGUGGUGGAUCAGGACGUCGUCGCCCUCCUCGAGGCCGCGAUAGAUAGAAGAAAGGACGUGAAAAUCGAAGUGUGCGCCAUACUUAACGACACGACGGGCACUUUAAUGUCGUGCGCUUGGAAAAACAGAAACUGCCGUAUCGGAUUGAUUGUUGGAACGGGAACGAACGCCUGCUACGUGGAAAAGACGAAAAACGUGGAGACAUCGAUACCAGGAAACUACUCGCCGGAUAAACCACAGAUGCUGAUCAACAUCGAGUGGGGUGCUUUCGGAGAGGGAGGUGUUCUCGAUUUCAUCAUCACCGAAUUCGAUCGAGACAUCGACACGCACUCCAUCAAUCCUUCGAAACAGUUGUUCGAGAAGAUGAUCUCUGGAAUGUACAUGGGAGAGCUGACGAGGUUGGUCCUCGAGAAGAUCGUCAACGCUGGUCUCCUGUUUGGAGGCAAAUGUCCCAGUGAUCUCAAGAAACGGGGAAAAUUCUUCACGAAAUAUGUUUCAGAAAUAGAAAAUGAUCCCAAAGGGAAAUACACAAACUGCCGUGAAGUUCUGGCCGAGUUAGGUGCACGAAACGUGAGCGAUCAAGAUUGCGAGAACGUCAGGUACGUUUGCUCGGUCGUGUCGAGGAGAGCUGCCCACUUGGCCAGCGCUGGAAUCUCUACGCUGUUAAACAAAAUGGGGGAGAACAAUGUCACUGUCGGAAUCGACGGUUCGGUCUACAGAUUCCAUCCACACUUUCAUGAUCUUAUGACCGAGAAGAUCAGCCAGCUACAGAACCACAAGUUCGACUUGAUGCUGUCGGAGGACGGAAGCGGUCGCGGAGCGGCGCUGGUUGCCGCGGUGGCUGCUCAAAAACGGUGAAGACAACGGCUGUGCCGCGUCUAUUCGACUUAGCUUAAAUUAAGUUAUACGCAGUAAAUGAUACCAAUCUGACACACUAUUAACGUACAUUAAAAGGAUACAAGUCACGCGUACGUGUCGCGAACGCAGAUGAAACGAGCUAUAGCGAUUAAACGAAAACAAAAAAAAAAGAAAACGAAUGAAACUUAUGUCUGCCAGAGUGAACAAGACAGUGUGCGUGCGUGUAUGUGUGUGCGAAAGCUUGCAAACGAGAGAAUUGCAAAUACGCUAAUUGUAAAUAGUAGCAAAAGACGUAGCCCGAACACUCUUUCCUUUUCCGACAAAAAUUAAUGAAAUCAAACAGCUGUAGCAAAUAAUUAGAAUUACAGGGGCUACGUGUUAGUUUCUUUUUAAUAGUACAACGAUUGAUUUGAUUAUUUCUUUCCUUGAUAGAAAAGAAGAGCUUGAAGGAUCAGAAUCGGAAGACUCUGAAGACUCUUCUUCAUCGUCGCAUUAGCAAAUCUCUCGGGAAGGAGAAAGGGUACGGACGGAUCGUUGUUACGUAUUGAGAAUGAUUUAUAAAUUAUUUGUAUCGUCGUUUUAUCCUGCGAUAGUCAUAUUAUAACGGUAGAUGCGUGCGCGGAACGAGAAUGCGUGAGACUGGGCGAAAGAUCCGUUGGCGUAACUAGACUAAGAUAAGGGUGGAAACCCUAAAAGUAUGGACAGGCUCUUUCCAUUAACGGGAAGAAUGCACCUCGCAUUAGAAAUACAAAACCUCUUAAAGUUA